CGAGGGCUCCGCUGUGAGGGGGAAGCAGGGGCGCAGCUGCUGGGCGUGCAUCCGAAAGGUGAGAGCCAGAGAGCGAGCGGAGGGGGCGGGCAGGCCACGAAAAUGUCCUCGGCCGUGGGGCCCCGCGGUCCUCGCCCACCCACGGUGCCUCCCCCCAUGCAAGAGCUGCCCGACCUGAGCCACCUGACCGAAGAGGAGAGGAACAUUAUCAUGGCAGUGAUGGACCGGCAGAAAGAAGAGGAGGAAAAAGAAGAAGCCAUGCUCAAGUGUGUUGUCAGGGACAUGGCGAAGCCUGCUGCCUGCAAAACACCAAGAAAUGCUGAAAACCAGCCCCACCAACCUUCACCGAGAUUGCAUCAACAGUUUGAAAGCUAUAAGGAACAAGUGAGAAAAAUAGGGGAAGAAGCACGGCGUUACCAGGGCGAGCACAAAGACGAUGCUCCGACUUGUGGAAUCUGUCAUAAAACAAAGUUUGCUGAUGGGUGCGGUCAUCUCUGCUCCUAUUGUCGCACUAAGUUCUGUGCGCGCUGCGGAGGCCGCGUGUCUCUACGGUCAAACAACGAGGACAAAGUGGUUAUGUGGGUAUGCAAUUUAUGUCGAAAGCAACAAGAAAUCUUAACCAAAUCUGGGGCAUGGUUCUUUGGAAGUGGCCCUCAGCAGACAAGUCAGGAUGGAACCCUGAGUGAUACAGCUACAGGUGCUGGCUCUGAGGUACCAAGAGAAAAGAAAGCACGACUCCAAGAGCGAUCCCGGUCUCAGACACCCCUGAGCACAGCAGCUGCCUCCUCCCAGGAUGCUGCUCCUCCCAGCGCACCACCAGACAGGAGCAAAGGGGCUGAUCCCUCGCAGCAAGCCUUGGGGCCUGAACAGAAGCAGGCUUCAUCCAGGUCUAGAAGUGAACCUCCUAGAGAGAGAAAGAAGACCCCAGGGCUUUCCGAGCAGAAUGGCAAAGGAGCACUGAAGAGCGAGCGGAAACGCGUUCCAAAGACCUCAGCGCAGCCCGUGGAGGGGGCCGUCGAAGAACGGGAGCGCAAAGAAAGGCGGGAAAGCCGAAGGCUUGAGAAAGGGCUAUCACAGGAUUACCCAGACACGCCGGAAAAACGGGAUGAGGGCAAAGCGGCGGAUGAGGAAAAGCAAAGAAAAGAGGAGGACUAUCAGACCAGGUACCGCAGCGACCCGAACCUGGCUCGGUACCCGGUGAAACCGCCGCCUGAGGAGCAGCAGAUGCGCAUGCACGCCCGGGUGUCCCGCGCCAGGCACGAGCGGCGCCACAGCGACGUGGCGCUCCCGCGCACCGAGGCGGGCGCGGCGCUGCCGGAGGGCAAGGUCGGCAAACGCGCGCCGGCGGCGGCCAGGGCCUCGCCGCCGGACUCGCCGCGGGCUUACUCGGCUGAGAGGACUGCGGAGACCAGGGCGCCCGGCGCCAAGCAGCUAACGAACCACAGCCCGCCGGCGCCCAGACAUGGGCCGGUUCCCGCAGAAGCCCCGGAGCUCAAAGCCCAGGAGCCCCUCAGGAAGCAGAGCCGCCUGGACCCCAGCUCGGCGGUCCUCAUGCGGAAGGCCAAGCGCGAGAAGGUGGAGACCAUGCUGCGGAACGACUCUCUGAGCUCAGACCAGUCCGAGUCGGUGCGGCCGUCCCCGCCCAAGCCGCACCGGUCCAAGAGGGGCGGCAAGAAGCGGCAGAUGUCGGUGAGCAGCUCUGAGGAGGAGGGCGUGUCGACGCCCGAGUACACCAGCUGCGAAGACGUGGAGCUGGAGAGCGAGAGCGUCAGCGAGAAAGGUGAUUUGGAUUAUUACUGGUUGGAUCCUGCCACGUGGCAUAGCCGGGAGACAUCACCUAUUAGUUCGCAUCCUGUAACGUGGCAGCCAUCUAAAGAGGGGGACCGAUUAAUUGGACGUGUUAUUCUUAACAAGAGAACAACCAUGCCCAAAGACUCAGGUGCAUUGCUGGGUCUGAAAGUUGUUGGAGGAAAAAUGACUGACUUAGGACGACUUGGUGCUUUCAUCACCAAAGUAAAGAAGGGUAGCCUAGCAGAUGUAGUUGGACACCUAAGAGCAGGGGAUGAAGUUCUAGAAUGGAAUGGUAAACCCCUGCCGGGAGCUACAAAUGAAGAAGUUUACAACAUUAUUUUAGAAUCAAAAUCAGAACCUCAAGUUGAAAUUAUUGUUUCAAGGCCUAUUGGUGACAUUCCCCGGAUUCCUGAGAGCUCCCACCCUCCACUGGAGUCCAGUUCAAGUUCCUUUGAAUCUCAGAAGAUGGAAAGGCCUUCCAUUUCUGUUAUUUCUCCAACAAGUCCUGGAGCUCUAAAAGAUGCCCCACAAGUCUUACCAGGGCAACUUUCUGUGAAGUUGUGGUAUGAUAAAGUGGGACACCAGCUGAUUGUAAAUGUUCUGCAAGCAACAGAUCUACCUGCUAGAGUAGAUGGGCGUCCUCGAAAUCCCUAUGUAAAAAUGUAUUUUCUUCCAGAUAGAAGUGAUAAAAGUAAAAGGAGGACCAAAACAGUAAAGAAAAUACUAGAACCAAAAUGGAAUCAAACUUUUGUCUAUUCACAUGUACAUCGUAGAGAUUUUAGAGAACGAAUGUUAGAAAUAACUGUGUGGGACCAACCAAGAGUGCAAGAAGAAGAAAGUGAAUUUCUUGGAGAGAUCCUCAUAGAAUUGGAGACAGCGCUUUUAGAUGAUGAACCGCAUUGGUAUAAACUUCAGACACAUGAUGAGUCUUCACUACCUCUGCCUCAGCCAUCACCUUUCAUGCCAAGGCGACAUAUUCAUGGAGAAAGCUCUAGCAAAAAGCUACAAAGAUCUCAGCGAAUCAGUGAUAGUGACAUCUCAGAUUAUGAGGUUGAUGAUGGUAUUGGCGUAGUUCCUCCAGUAGGCUAUAGGUCUAGUGCUAGAGAAAGUAAAACUACAACAUUAACUGUGCCAGAACAGCAAAGAACAACUCAUCACCGCUCACGUUCAGUAUCUCCUCAUCGCGGCAAUGAUCAGGGAAAGCCGCGUUCACGUUUACCAAAUGUGCCAUUACAGAGGAGUUUAGAUGAAAUUCAUCCAACAAGAAGGUCACGUUCUCCAACCAGACACCAUGAUGCCUCCCGAAGUCCAGUUGAUCAUAGAACCAGAGAUGUGGAUAGUCAGUAUUUAUCAGAACAAGACAGUGAGCUUCUUAUGCUGCCCAGAGCAAAACGAGGACGAAGUGCAGAAUGCCUACAUACUACCAGUGAACUGCAGCCCUUUCUUGACAGGGCUAGGAGUGCUAGUACCAACUGCUUGAGACCAGAUACUAGUUUGCAUUCACCAGAACGAGAAAGGGGUAGAUGGUCCCCCUCCCUAGAUAGGAGACGACCUCCUAGUCCCAGGAUUCAAAUCCAGCAUGCGUCUCCGGAGAAUGACAGGCACUCCAGAAAGUCUGAAAGAUCUAGCAUCCAAAAACAGACUAGGAAAGGCACUGCCUCUGAUGCAGAAAGGGUUCUCCCAACAUGUCUUUCUAGAAGGGGACACGCAGCCCCAAGAGCAACUGAUCAGCCAGUCAUUAGGGGAAAACAUCCUGCUCGCUCAAGGUCGAGUGAGCACUCUAGUAUCAGAACACUGUGUUCUAUGCACCACCUUGUCCCUGGAGGGUCGGCGCCACCUUCUCCGCUUCUGACAAGAAUGCACCGACAGAGAAGUCCAACACAAUCUCCUCCAGCAGACACAUCGUUCAGCAGUCGCAGGGGAAGACAGCUCCCACAAGUGCCAGUGAGAAGCAGCAGUAUAGAACAAGAACAAGAAAAAUAUAACUCUUCCACAAAAGCAAGCUUAGUAGUGGAGGAGCGAACAAGACAGAUGAAAAUGAAAGUGCAUCGAUUUAAGCAGACAACAGGGUCUGGUUCUAGUCAAGAACUUGAUCGCGAGCAAUAUUCCAAGUAUAACAUACAUAAAGAUCAGUACAGAAGCUGUGAUAACGUCUCUGCCAAAUCAUCAGAUAGUGAUGUCAGUGAUGUUUCCGCCAUUUCCCGAACCAGCAGUGCCUCACGCCUCAGCAGCACAAGCUUUAUGUCAGAGCAAUCUGAGCGCCCCAGGGGUAGAAUCAGUUCAUUUACCCCCAAAAUGCAAGGCAGACGGAUGGGGACUUCAGGAAGAUCAAUCAUGAAGAGCACCAGUGUGAGUGGAGAGAUGUACACACUGGAGCAUAAUGAUGGCAGCCAGUCAGACACAGCUGUGGGUACAGUUGGAGCAGGUGGAAAGAAACGGAGAUCCAGCCUUAGUGCCAAAGUUGUUGCCAUAGUGUCUCGAAGGAGUAGAAGCACAUCCCAGCUUAGUCAAACAGAGUCGGGCCACAAAAAGUUAAAAAGUACCAUUCAGAGAAGCACAGAAACAGGCAUGGCAGCUGAAAUGAGAAAGAUGGUAAGGCAGCCGAGCCGAGAGUCUACUGAUGGCAGCAUCAACAGUUACAGCUCUGAGGGCAAUUUAAUAUUUCCUGGAGUGCGACUGGGAGCUGACAGUCAAUUCAGUGAUUUUCUUGAUGGAUUGGGACCAGCCCAGCUUGUUGGCCGCCAAACCCUUGCCACCCCUGCAAUGGGUGAUAUACAAAUUGGAAUGGAGGACAAAAAGGGCCAAUUAGAAGUGGAAGUCAUUAGAGCACGAAGCCUCACACAAAAGCCUGGUUCCAAAUCUACACCUGCUCCAUAUGUCAAAGUAUAUCUUUUGGAAAAUGGGGCCUGUAUAGCCAAGAAGAAGACAAGAAUUGCACGAAAAACCCUUGAUCCUUUGUAUCAGCAGUCUCUGGUUUUUGAUGAAAGUCCACAGGGUAAAGUUCUUCAGGUGAUUGUCUGGGGAGACUAUGGCAGAAUGGACCACAAAUGCUUUAUGGGUGUGGCUCAGAUCUUGUUGGAAGAACUCGACCUGUCCAGCAUGGUGAUUGGAUGGUACAAAUUGUUCCCACCGUCCUCAUUGGUGGAUCCCACACUCACUCCCCUCACCCGCCGGGCUUCCCAGUCAUCUCUGGAAAGUUCAACUGGGCCUCCCUGUAUUCGAUCAUAGUGAACUCAUACCAGAGUCAUUCCAAUAAAACUCUACUUUUCAGGAUAAUAAUCUGAACCAGAUAUUUCAUGAUCAAAAGCAUUGUUGGAGACAGACAAUCAACUUGUGUUUUGCCUGUAGUAGUUUUUCAAUAAUAUGUCCCAAUUGUUAUUUAAAACAUGGCUUCAUAUGACAGAACAAGGCAAUCUAUCAAAUUUACAGGAAGAAUCAACAUGCUGGUGAGAGUCACUGAUGCUUCUAACAAAUAGAAAAAGAGGAAACUAAAUCCACGCAUACACUUACACACACACAUGCGCACACACACACACACACCAAAUUGAACAAACGAAACUCUCACUCUGUGAAAAGUUGUAUUCUACACGUUUCUGCACAGACCACAAGCAGUGUUAUUUCCCUGAUGUUUGAAUUGUUUUGUUCUUUUGUGUGUUUUGUUUAUUUGUGUGUUGUUUGUUGGUUUUCGUUUCUUAAGUUUUUGUUUUGUUUUCACCACAUCUGUUAUUUCCACUAGUUUUUUUGGCUGUGUCAUGACAGGCCUCAUGAUGCUAACAGAGAUUCUUCCCUUCUUUUUUCCAAAAACACCAAAAAAAAGGGCUGAAGUGGUCUCUGUAGUAUCUCCCCAAAGUGUUAAACAGCUACAUGAGGUGAAGCCAAGGAAGGGUUUCACUAGCUUUCAUUUUAUAGUUAUUUAAAGUCUUAUGUGUGGAAACCCAAGAGACAAAAAGUUAUCUUCCAAAAUAAAUAAUCACAGAAGUACUUUUUUAAUGAAGAGCCUAUCUGUUUGCAUUCUAGAAAAUUAAUUUAUGGUUUCCAUUGUUUUGCAUGGAAGACUUUUAAAGAAGUCAAUCUGCAACUAAUGCUGGGGACUAAAACUAACUGCAUAAUUGUACUUUGAAAACACUCCUUAUAAUGCCUUUUUCUUCCUGAUAUAAAAAAAUGCUCAUGUGUAUAAACCAUACUUUGACUUCCCAAAAAUGGUGACUAGGAAUGGAUUUGAGCCUAAGACACUUUGAGCUACGCCCAGGCUUCUCAGCCAUGCCUCAGUGUAGACACACCCAUCCGCCCUGGAAAGAGCAUGGUAUGAGCUGUUCAAUAUUCCACUGGAAAUUCCAGUUGAAAUAUUCUGCACUAAACUAUUGUUUUUAUUGAAUUUUAGUUUACAUUUCCUUGAGAUUGAUGCAAGCACAAAGCUUGAUUUUUUAAUGCAAAGUAUCUUACUUUUUGGGGGGAAAAUAAACAAAAUGAACUUUCAAUUUGCAUUUUCAUUUAGUUUUUCUUGGCCUUGAAUUUCCCUUGUGACAUUCUGUAUAUGUGCUACAAACUGCAGUCUCUGCAGGUGCAUUGAUAUGUUCUCCCUCCUUUUAUGAGUCACUCCACUUUUGUGAUUACACAAAUAGAGCAGCAUGACUUGGAACUGUUCAAAGCUGCAUGCACAUUUUGUAAAAAAAAAUUUUAAAAAGAAAAGAAACAAGGUUAUUUAAUAAUGUAUGUUAGUUCCACAUAGGCCAGCUUGUAUGUUGCAUGUACUUGUACAGUUUGCUUGUUAAUUACUAUACCGAAAUAACCAAGAAAUCUAAGCCAUCCAUUUUUGUCAUAGACAUUUUGCAGGUUUUAGCCAGACUCAGUCUCUGGGUCUAUGGUGAAAUGUCUAUAGAUGGACUUUAUUUUUUACCCUCCGGAAAACGUGAUGUAGUACGGACCAAAUUCCUUCUAAUAAAUAUUUUGGUGUAGAUUCCUACUGUGGGGCUGUAACACAUGUAGACACUGUGUACACACUAGGUUUUAAUUCAUAGACAUACUGCCUGCACCAAGUGAAUUAUUUAUUAUUAUUUACACAUGCCAGAAUUAUCUGCCCAUCAUUCCACAGGGCACAGAUUGACCACUGCUCACCAUGCUGAGCAGGAGGAACUGAAGCAUUGGUGCACUUCUACUAGAUUCCGUUCUGUCUUAGUGGCCAACAAUCAACUGAUUAUAAUUGGGUAGUAUCUUUCUAUUUUGACCACUUGUCUUAACACUCCCCUGUGCUUUUAAAUGAAAUUCCAACUCAUGUAUGUAAACAUGUUUAAUAAAAUUUACUUUUCAUGUGAGUCAGUAGCCAUCUGUGUUCUAUGUCUUGCCAGAUUUCCAUUGUGGGUUCUAUGGUGCAAAAUGGGAGCCAGGCCAUGGGAAAGGGAGGCUGGGGUUUGUUGUCUGCUGCGGGCAUUUGACUUGAUUUGUCACUGCACUAUAUUAUGUCUUAAUCGAUGGCCCAAAGGUUACUUUGCAUCACAUACAAGUUUUCACUUCGUCAGCCUAAGUGAGCACAUGACUAUACUUCUGAAAAGUGGCAUUAUUAAAAAUAAUAAAUCUCAGUAAGAAUCAAAUGGAAGGUUGUUUUCUGCUGUUUGAAUAUGCUAAUAAAAGAGACAACUCUAUUGUCCAAUUGCCAAA